AAUUCAACUGAUUUUUUAUUUUAAAAUACAUUUUUCAUAGAGACACAAGUGGACAACAUAGAUCCCAGUGAGUAACCACAUAAAGCCAACAGAUUGCAAUAUGCUGCAGUUCCGUGUUAACGAUCGAUGAAGCGUCACGUGGGAGCAGCAACACUUGGUAACACCGUUUCCUUCCAUGUCCAUACAUAAGCUCCUUAUCUUAAAACUGAAACAUCCUUCAGUUUCCCAAGGGUUCCCUCCACGCUUGGCCGUUGACCUCAUCCAGACCCUGCAUCAUUCUCUGGUUUCACUUCCAGCUCUUCCUAAACUCACCUUGGUCCUUCAGACCCACCUCCCGCUUCCCUUCAGAACCAGCAUGAGCCCUGCUCUCUCCUAAAUCUACAGACCCACUUCCUCAAAAUACGAUACACUGCCUCCUAGGUGUUUGUUGCCCCAUCUCUGGCUCUUUUUUUCUCUCCAACUCUGUUUUACCACCUUUUCUGACGAGCUCCAUUUGCUAGUCUGACAUUCAGAACUAGAUUAACGGAACCUUCCUAUGUUUUAAUGUUGGGAAGAUUAAAUCACUGUGCUCAAUCCUUGCUCCAAACUCCAAUCCCUAAACCAGUAAUUCCAUUCUCCUCCCCGUAUCAGACUGGGUCAACCUGUCUGCAGCCUUCAUUCCCCGUGUCCAUGAGUGGAGUUUCUGAGAUUAUAUUUUCUCCAACACCACUUCCUUCAAUCUCUGUGCAUAUCCUGUUUCAGCCCCUGCCUCAGCUCAUUUGCUGCUCAGAGCGCUGGAAUUGACGUUUUUGAACAUGCCUUUAUUUUCAAAAACUUCAAUUCCAGUGCUCUGCACUGCAGGCCUUCGCAUCACUUUACAGUUCACUCCGUCUGAGCUCAUCCCAAACUCUGCUGCCUGUGGUUUAAGUCACUUCGCCCUGUUCAUCCGCCACUCUCCUCACUGACUUCAACUGAUUUCAAAAUUCUCAUACUUGUGUAUGCCUUGGAAACCCUGCUCCUCCUUAUCUCACUAAUCUCUUCCUGCCCAACAGUCUCACCCAACCGACUCCGUGGUGUUUGAAACACUAACCCAGCUUGCUUCAUCUACCAUCUUCCCUUCACUUCAUCAUCUCGUACCUUCAGUUGGCCUGGUCUUUAGCACUGAAAGUCCCUCUCCAUUAAAAUGCUCCUUAAAGCCCAUCCCUUUGAUCAAACCAUUGGUCGCCUUAUUUGGCCAGUUGUCAGUUUUCCUUUGGGGGAUAUUUACUAUGUUAAAGGUGUCACACAAACUCAUGUCCUCCUUGCAUGGUAAAAGGAGUUUGAGCCUUGAGUGAAUUCUCCCACAGUUAUCCUGCAGGGUUAUAGAAACAGACACCUAAUCUACACCAUGUUCCGCUUUAGAAAAGGGCAUAUUAGUGAAGCAACUGCUGUCCUUAGUGUCCAGUGACCAAGAUUCAAAACGUUAGUCCAAGAAUCUAACCUGUGAUAAUUUAAAACCAUUUUAUUUCUGGUCCAAUCCAAAACUAACAGCAGGUGAUUGAGUACAGUCAAGGAGUUUAUAAAGUGGACCCACUCUUCUCCAAUCUUAAUGGGAUUUAAAUAAAUACUCAGCCGAUAUCAGGAAUAAUGAUGCAUUUUAAACGACGGCGUCACGUCUCCUUGACUGGCAGAUGAGCGCGUACGAAAAAAAGUGUUGGAGGUGAAGGGAGGGCGCCAGCUGACGUCAAGCACAGCAAUAUAAAUACCAGAAGUGGCGAGCAUUUCGAACAGAUUAAAACCUUAGAAGGGGUAGAUUGUAGCCGGCCGCACUGCACAGUAUCUCCGCUGUCCCGGAGGCACAGAGAGACUCGGAUUUAGCCAGUGCUCCCAGGCAGUGUCACCUGUUGCUCAGCUUUAAAUAUUAUUAUUUUUAGCGAAGGGUUGGUAACCCCUUCUCUCAGCUCCCGCAACCACGGCUUUCAUGCAAAGUCUGGCCGGCUGGGACUCGCGUUGCGACUCGCCAUGUUUCCAAACGGGUCAGACUUACACUAAUUUGAUGGAAGUGGCCAAUUUCUAUGAGUCGGACUGUUCCCUGAACAAGUUGCACCGCGACCGUUCAAUGACAGAUCUGGGCAUCGGAGACAACGAGAGCGCCAUCGACUUCAGCCCUUACAUCGACCCGGCCACAGCUUCGGCAGCAGGGGGCAACUUUGAGCUCAACGGAGACCUUUUGACGGAUAUUAUGCUGUCAGACGAGUACAAGAAGAAAUCGCUGCCCGACUACAACGCCUACUUGUCCCUGAUGCGCAACUCGUCAGGCGGCGCCCGGCACCAGGGCAGCAUCCUGAGCUGUACCCCGCAGUUCCUGGAGACGCGGCUGGAGCCGGUGUUCGAGCAGAGUUUGGACUCCAAAGGCGGUGUGAAGCAGGAGUCCAGGGACGAAGAAGGGGCCAUGUCAGCCACGGCCGCCCCCUCGUCCUACGCGCGGUCGCUGCUGCAGUACCAGUGCGUGGCCAGCGGCAGCAACAGCAACCUGUCCACCUCGUCUCUGUCCUCCACGCCGCCGGCCACCCCCAACUCGGCCGAGUCCAAUCGGGGCUCGGCGGCGGCGGCGGCGGCGGCCGGAGCCGGGGGGAGCAAGAGCAAGAACAAGAAGACGGUGGACAAGCACAGCGACGAGUACCGGCUGCGGAGGGAGAGGAACAACAUCGCGGUGAGGAAGAGCAGGGACAAGGCCAAGAUGAGGAACGUGGAGACGCAGCACAAGGUGUUGGAGCUCAGCGCCGAGAACGAGCGGCUGCAGAAGAGAGUGGAACAGCUGAGCCGGGAGCUGGCCACGCUGAGGAACUUGUUCAAACAGCUCCCCGAGCACACCCUGCUCAGUGCGUCGGGCAACUGCUGACAGCAGGCCGCUGUUUAUAGUGCUCUUCGUUAAAGGACAUCAAGUGGUUAUCGUGACUUUUGCAAAGGAGAUAAUCAGAGGACUCUUUGUAUAUAAAGGAGUUUAUUAGGUGUUUACAGCUCAUUUUCGUAACCCGAGGUAGUAGAUUGUUUAAAUGACCUCGACUCUGCAUUUGGCACUGUAGGGGGAGGGAUAAAUGACCUUAACUGAAAGAAGCAGUUGGCUUAUAUAUAUAUAUAUAUAUAUAUGUAUGUAUGUAUAUAUCAUCUAUAUAUAUAUAGAUAUAUAUAUGUAUAUAUAUCUAUAUAUAUAUAUAAAUGCAUCUUAAUGUAUGUAAAAUGAUGCCAGGCUUAACUGUGACUGCUCAAUCGAAACCACAUGACGCAACAGCGUGUAACUUGCCAAGUAUGAGAUUCGUUCGUAAUGGUCAGAUGUCAGGUUUCUUAUUACAGAUGUCUGGGGCUUUCUCCCCCAACACUAGGAAAUUGUUUUAUUCCUUUAUCAAAUUGCAUUUAUCAGCAGAGAUUGAGUUUUCUGCUCCCAUUGAGACGCGUGAACGCAUUACUGUUGAUUUUUGAGAUUUGCUUUUUUUUUGGAAAGUAUUAUUUUGACAGGAUAUGCCUGAACUGCCGUUUUGUAACCUUGUCGGUGGCGCCUCCCGUUCUGCUCAGAGACGGCUGAGAUUACUGCUGCUGACUGGACUUUAUCUCUUUCGCAUUUUAUACUCGCUCCUCUCCCCUUUUUAUUAAAUAAAGCUAUAUAUUUCAGACGUGAUUUGAUGCGGAGAGGAAAUGUUUUCAACAGUUUUUUUAAAAAAAAGUCCAACGCUGAAAUGUUUUCAUUUGAAUUGCGUCACUCCAGCAGUGACUCAGCAUGUAAGUGUUUUGGAGAACAUUUUAUUCUGUUCAGCACUUGAAUUGGGUACAAUGUUGGGAAAAAUAAUGGUACAGAGUUAUUUACACUUUAGAAUUAUGUGGUGAUUGUAGACUAAAAGCUGCAGUAUCUUCUUUCCAAACAGAUUAAUAAAUUCCAAACCAGUUCAUGCAGGUAACCCUGGUGGUUGUACAGCAGGGAUGUGCGGAUUUUUGCAGCUAUUACAAGCUGCAAAAUAUAUUCGAAGGAAUAAAAGUUCAUUUAAGGGACCAGCUGUACGGUUAAAAGUUUUUUUUAUUUGUAAACUUUCAAAAUAACCUGGAAACAGGAUACUUCAGCAUGAGUCAAUGUUGAUUGUGGGUCAGAGAAAUAACAGAUUAUUUUUAAAAAAAAUAAGCAAUAUUGUAUUUAUUUUUCUUGUUGAAAUUUGAAUAAAAAUGGAAUUAAAUCAUUUUUAGUGCAAAUCAAA